UGCAGUUAUGCCCAUAUGUAGUUUAGACAUAACUUGACAUAACCUAUCUGUUUGUUGAUACAUGAGGAUUUAUUAUUUAUUUAAUUAACCAUGGUGCAUGUCAGCGCGGCUCAGCGGAAAGAGCAAUUUAAAGCCAAGCUACGGCUGGAACAGAAAGAGACCAAAGUUAAGUUGCAGGAGAAGAGAGCACGUCUAAUUGUUAAGAACAUCUCUUUCAAGUCGACAGAGGAGAAUCUUAAAAAGCAUUUUGAACAGUAUGGAGAAGUAAGUGAGGUCAACAUCCUGAAGAAAGCUGAUGGUAAAAUGGUUGGAUGCUGUUUCAUACAAUAUGAUACAGUGCAGAAUGCUCAUAAAGCACAGUUUCAUACAAAUGAUAAACCAUUUUUGGGCAGACCUGUUAAAGUAGACUUUGCCAUGUCAAAGGAUUUUUAUGAGAACCACAAGAGGAAAAUGAACAGAAAAGAGUUUAACAGGGAGUUUGAAAAAAAACAUUUCAACAGUGGUAAAGACAAUAUGGAUAGUGUUGCUGAAGAUAAUAAGGAUAAUAUUGAAAUCAAGGAGGAAGAGAUGGAUGAGGAACCUUGUCAGAUCAGUGAUGAUGAACAAAUGGAUGAUGAUGAAAAAGAGGUUGAUGAGGAUGAAGACGACGAUGAUGAUGAAGACGUUGACGACGAUGAUGACGAUGAAGACAAUGAUGAUGAUGAAGCCGACGAUGAUGAUGAAGACGACGAUGAUGAUGAUGAAAACGACGAUGAUGAUGAUGAAGACAACGAUAAUGAUGAUGAAGAUAUGAAGUCUAAAAAAAUUAAAGAUGAAAAGAAGCCAAAAAUAAAAGUAGAAUCAAAUGAUGUCACAGAGGGUAAAACAGUUUUCAUUAAGAAUUUGCCUUUUGAAGCUACAAAUGAGAACUUGAAGGAAUGUAUGUCACAAUAUGGGCCAACUGUCUAUGCUGUUAUAUGCAUGGACCCAAAGACGCAACAUCCAAAAGGAACGGGAUUCGUCAAAUUUGAUAAAAAGGAAGAUGCGACGAAAUGCUUGCAGGCGGGUACAGAACUGCAAUUAUUGGGAACGAUUCUGGACACGCAUCCUGCGUUGAGCAGGAACGAUAUCCUAGAUAAGAAGAACAAUAAGAAGGAUGUGAAGGACACGAGGAAUUUGUAUUUGGUUAAGGAAGGAGUUAUCAUGGCCGGAACGAAGGCUGCUCAAGGAGUAUCAAACAGCGAUAUGCAGAGGAGGAUAAAAUUGGAGCAGUUCAAGACGCAGAUGCUGAAGAAGUUGACUAUGUACGUGUCGCCGAACAGGAUAAUUGUUUAUAAUUUACCAACGAACUGGGACGACACGAAGUUGCGUGCACUAAUGAAAAAGCACGCCGGGGAAAAGGCUGUGAUCAAAGAAGCGCGCGUAAUGCGCGAUAAGAAGACACUCGACGAGAAAGGUGCAGGCAUUUCGAAAGAGUACGGUUUCGUGACUUUCACCACGCACGAGCACGCUCUGAAUGCUCUCAGAUCCAUCAACAACAACCCGAGCAUAUUCACGUCCAACAAGAGACCAAUCGUAUGUUUCUCUAUAGAGAAUAAAGUGAUGCUCCAGAUUAAGGAAAAGCGUACUAACAAAUCGAAGAAGACGAACCCACUCUCCAAGGAGUUCGAUCCGAGCGUGAAAAAGAAGGUGGAGAUCGUUCAGGGUGGAGACUUUGCUGGUAUGACCGCAACGCAGGGCAGCAAGAAGUGGCUCAGCGGAAGGGCCAUGCAAGGGCAGGCCAAGAUGCACCACGAGAACGUCAAGGUUGCAAAGAAGAAUCAGAAAAUCGACAUGAUCAAAAAGACGGCGCGCGCGAGUCGCGUGAACAAAGGUAUGGUCCAGAAACCCAAAUUCGUGAAGGACGAUAAAGUCUCAAAAAUGGUAAACAGGUAUAAGAAAUCGUUCCAUGGAUCCAAAUCCAAUAAAGGCAAAGAGGUGAAAAAGAAAUGGUAUGAGUAAUAAAGCGACGAUACAUAAACACACAAACAAUUUUUUCAUUUUCAUUUAACUCUAUCAAACGUAUUAACUAAUACUUAAGU